AUGAUUCUUCAUAGAGCGAUCUUACUCGCCUCGGUCAGCCUUGCGCUCUCGCUCUCCGCCUCCGCCAGCCCCAACCCCAUCAAGCGCAGCGCGGAACCAGCAACGCCCGAGUCUGGCCCCAACAAGCCCGGGUACGAUGGCAACAUUGCGCCCGGACCCGUCUUCCCCAAGAUCAAACUUCACCAUCCUCCCCCUGUCGUUUUCAAUGCGAACGGUCAGAGGGUUGAGAACCGGCCCGGGAUGAACUGCAGAGGCGAUCCGCCAAAUUUCCCGGAUUGUACUCCACCCAAGGGAUCUCCCACGUCCGAUGGCUCUGAUGAUUCGCUGCUCGAGCCUUUCAAGCUCGACACCGGCGUCAAGAAACGUCAGCUGGACGGGAUGGACGACGUCUACGCUCGCCACCAUCCGAUCAUCGAACAGCGUUCCAUCACGUCAGACAAGCGUGCUCUCGAGCUUCGCGGUUCUGGUGACUUUACCGAUAGCGUCGACGGGCCGAGUCUGGAGGAACACGUCCUUGAGCGUCGUGGAGGCGAAUACUCCGGAAGCUUCAACGACGAGGACAGUGAUCCGAACGGCGGCGAGAACAUGAAGGAUGGCCGAGACUUCCAUGUGGGCCACAACGACGAGGGCAAGUUUCCUACUAAACGCUCCUUGCCCCAAAAUCAGCAGCACGUCGAGCGCCGCUACUGGGGUGUCGGGGAGACUGCCAAGUCUCCCUCUGGUGCUCUUCAGCUUGGCGAUAAGCAUUCCAAACGAGACGAGUUGAACGCCCGCGACGCUAAUUUGGACGAUGGCUACAACGACCAAGACGACCAUGAUGGCGGGGAGGUCGAUGGACACCAUGGACCUCAGUUAGGCAAGGCAAAGCACGUCAAACGCAAUUUCCUCAGUGCCGAUGAGUUUCGUACUUACGGCGAUCCUGUUGGGCGCGAAGAUCCUGAUCAUGCGGACGACGGUAUCGAAUGGGGCCCUCCCAAGCGUGCUCUUGAACGUCGUUCUGACGCUCCUUUCCCGGAACACGGCAAUCCCAUCUUCUGGCACCAAAGCGGGGACACUGGUGGCAUUCCCAAGCAGCCGGACAAACACGAGGUCCAUUUCGUCGGCUCCAAGCGCUCUUCCAAAUAUGGUCAGCCACGCACCGAGGAAGCUGUGGCGCCCAACAUGCUGAGGGACACGAUCGAGAAACGUUCUCCUCGGGACUGGGCUCACUUUCCUCCCGACACUUUCUCACCUUCUUCUCCUUUUUUCGGGUCUCCUGCGCCGGACUCGACCUGGACGGAAGCGGCUGUGCGACCAGGCCAAGUCAACAAGCACGGCCUUCGUUUCACUGGAGCUAAGCGUUCCGUGCGAGAUGUCGAAGCCUCACCCGUGGUGUUUGGAGAACAUCCUCACGACGAAACAACGAUCGACAUAUAUUCUUCUCUGCGUACCCAGCCCGCAGGAGGUGCCGAUGGUGCGGGCCUGUACGGAAAAUGCCGUUGCAAGGCCGACCCCAGCGAAACUCUUUGGGUCAACGGUGCACCGGUUCGCUCGAACACAUGCCAGGGCAAGUUCGUCGCCGAGGCCGAGAAACACGGUGUUUGUAACCACACCACCCCCACGACCGUGGCUUGCGUCGAAAGUGGCGGUAAGACUAGCAUGUCAGACGGCGAUACUCAGUGGUGGGAGCAGCAGUUCUGCCAGAGGUGUAACAAUGCUGGUGGAAUCAAUGACCUCGCCUUCUGUCAGGGCUCUCACCACAAGGUCGAAAUCAUUUCCACACUAAGUAAGCAGGCCAGCGGUGUUUUCUACGGAAUGUGUACGUGUCCAAAAGGUCCAAACGACUUGACGUGGGACAACGGGCCGAUGGACAAGGGCACGUGCGUAGGCAAGUUCGGCGUGGAAGCGUCAAAGUACGCCCAAUGCUUUGUCGACAAACACACGGACACGAUCCAUUGCAUCGAGGUCGGCGGUAAAGAGCAGAUGACCGACGGCGACAACGAGUGGUGGGAGCAGGCUUUCUGCCAGCGGUGCGUCGAUGCUGGCGGUGUCAGUGAGAAGGGCUUCAGAUGUCCUGCUGGAUACACCAACACACACAAGCUCGAGCUGACCCCGGAUGGUGGCAAUCGAGCCAAUCUGGAUGGUAGCGUCCAUCCUGCGGGUAAGAAGCGAUCUCCACUUCCCGCGCCAGCGACGCUGGAAAAACGCGUCUACCAGAAGAGUUACGAUAUCGAUGUCUACUCCACUCUGUCAAGCCAUCCCAACCUUGGAAGUGGACCGACAGCCAAUGGGGCGUAUGGCCAUUGCACAUGUUCCGAAGAGGACGGCGAUGAGACGUGGGUCAACGGUGCGCCCAAGAGCACAAACUCGUGCCUAGCCAAGUUCGUCCGAGAAGCGCAAAAGCACGGCAAGUGCGAAACUGCAACGCCGGACCAAGUCACUUGCAUCGAGAACGGCGGUAGCACCUCGAUGUCGGACGGUGACAGCGAAUGGUGGCAGAAGCAGCUCUGCAAGAGGUGCCAUGAUGCGGGCGGUAUUUCCGAUCCGUUUUACAAGUGUUACUAA